AUGAGGUUUUUGGUCAAGGAGAGAGUUCCUAUCCUCAGUUCAUCACUAACCAAAUCAACUGCCGUAACCGUAAACCAUAAUGCGUCCGACGCUGUCUCACAUUCGAGACUCUCUCACAUGUUCAAAGCUCAAGUUCUGCAUGCUUCGCUCCUCAAAACUGGACUCCAGAACCAUGUCUACAGAUGCAACCUCCUCCUCCAAUCCUACGCCGAGUCCGGCGGCUUGUCCGACGCUCACAAGCUCCUUCGCUUCAUGCUUCAACCCAAUGUCGUCUCAUAUAACAUCAUCUUAUCAGGCUACGUCAAAUCUCGCCAAAUCGAUGAAGCCCAGAAACUCUUCUCCAUCACACCCGAACCCGAUUCUCGAUCAUGGAAUAUCGUCAUCUCUGGAUGCAUCCAGAACCAAAGACUGGAGGAAGCUAUGACCCAUUUUGUCCAGAUGCGUUGUAGUUCCAAUAGGCCUGACUCCUAUACUUAUUCGAUUAUAAUUCCUUCUUGUGAUUUAGAAAUCGGGCGGCAAAUUCAUGCAGAUAUUACUAGGGUUUGUUCAUGUUCUGAUGUUUAUCUUGGCACUAAUCUUCUUAGAAUGUAUGCAGAAGCCGGAGAAAUGGAAGAUGCGAAUAGAGUAUUUGAUGGAAUGACUAACAGAGAUUUGGUGACAUGGAAUGCUUUGAUUUCUUGCUAUUCUAAGUUUGGAAAGGGUGAGGCCUGUUUGCAACUGUUCCGACAACUUGUUAGUGAAGGGAUUCGAGCUGAUCAUUAUACUUAUGCUAUAAUCCUUAAUGAGUUAACGUCUCGAUUGUUAGUUUUUGAAGCAAUGCAAGUGCAUUCAUUGAUUAUUAAAUGUGGGUACUGUUCUGAUUGCUUCACUAGCAACACAUUAGUUAACUUGUAUUCCAAUUGCGGGUAUGUUGCCUAUGCUGCUCAGUUGUUUGAGGAGAUUCCUGAGCGAAAUGUGGUUUCUUGGACUGCAAUGAUAGUUGGGCUCUCACAAAAUGGGCAUGAGAAUGAUGCGAUGUGGUUGUUUGAUCAGAUGAGGUUGGCUGAUGUGGAACCAAAUUCUUUUACUUUGGGUGGUUUGCUUAAUACUUGUGCAAACUCUAACGCAUUUGAAAGGGGUAAAAGGUUUCAUGGCCUGGUUCUAAAGUUUGGGUUAGAAAGUGAUGUGAUUGUGGGGAGUGCAAUUGUGGAUAUGUAUUCCAAGUGUGGUGAGAUGAAUGAUGCAUUGAGGGUCUUUCAAAUCAUGCCUGAGAGGGAUAUUGCUUCAUGGAAUGCAAUGAUAUGCGGAUUUGCUCAAAACGGUGAGGCAUUGAAGGCUUUAAACCUUUUUGAUGAGAUGGUGCAGUCAAGUCUAAAAAUGGUUGUCCCAAACCAUGUCACUUUUAUUGGUGUUUUAAGUGCAUGUGGUCACAAUGGUUUAGUAGAACAGGGUCGUCGUUAUUUCAAUGACAUGAUUAAUAAGUACUUGAUCAAACCCAAGGAAGAGCACUAUACAUGUAUGGUUGAUAUGUUAGCACGAGCUGGACUUUUAGAUGAGGCAGAAGCUUUCAUUUUAGGUUUGCCUCUCAAGCCUGACAGCAUAAUGUGGGGUGCAUUACUUGGAGCUUGCAAAUUACAUGGGAACCUAGACAUGGCAAGGCGUGUUGCAGAACAUCUUUAUGAAAAUGGUCUUGAGAUCUCUUCAAAUUAUGUGCUUCUUGCUAACACCUUCGCAUCAAUUGGAGAAUGGGUGGAUGCAUCAGGAAUUAGAGAAGCAAUGCAGGUAAGAGGAACUCAGAAGGUGGUUGGGUGCAGCUGGAUUGAAAUCCAAAAUAGUGUCCAUUCCUUUAUUGCAGCCGACAAGUAUCACCCACAAAUUGACUUGGUUUAUGAGGUGUUACAGAGAUUGUCUUUGCAAAUGGAGGAAAGGCAUGACUAA